UCCUGCUUCCCUGAACGGAGGGAGGCCUGGGAGCUGCGGGGCGUUUUUUAUUCAGGCUUGGAAACAGCAAUAGCAGCAGCAGCAGCAGCAGCAGCAGCAGCGAGAACAGCAGCUCUGCCAUGCACAGACACUGAAUCAGCCUCUCUGGAGAGGAGCAGCCUACACAGACCCAGCCAGUCCUAUGGAAAUGAAGCCCCAAGCACAGCCCGCUCAAUGUGAGGGGCGGGGGGGAGUAUGCUGUUAUUAGUCUCUUGACGUGUUUUUUUCGUUUCAUUUUUUUUCUGUUUUUCGUGGUUUCUUUGUUUCCGUUGUCGUCGUUGUUGUUUCCUGGAGUUGACUAUAAGGACAGGGAGGCGCCGUGCUAACGGCAGGAGCAGCUAGGUUUUUUUCUCAGAUUUUUCCAGAAACCAAGCGCAAGAUUGAGCUGCUGAUGUCAGUGAAUUCUGAGAAGUUGUCCUCUUCAGAAAGGCCCGAGCCUCAGCAGAAAGCCCCCCCUACCCCCCCUCCCCCUCCUCCUCCUCCUCCUCUGCCCCCCGAGUCGGCUGCCCCCCCCAAACCUGAGGAGGAGAUCCUGGGCUCCGACGAUGAGGAACAGGAAGAUCCGGCCGAUUACUGCAAAGGUGGGUACCACCCUGUGAAGAUCGGGGACCUCUUCAACGGGCGCUACCAUGUGAUCCGCAAGCUAGGAUGGGGCCACUUCUCCACCGUGUGGCUGUGCUGGGACAUUCAGGGAAAGGGGUUUGUGGCCAUGAAGGUUGUAAAGAGUGCCCAGCAUUACACAGAGACUGCCGUGGAUGAGAUUAAACUGCUCAGAUGUGUUCGAGAGAGUGACCCCGGAGAUCCCAACAAGGACAUGGCAGUGCAGCUCAUCGACGACUUCAAGAUUUCAGGAAUCAACGGGAUCCACGUGUGCAUGGUGUUUGAGGUGCUCGGGCAUCACCUGCUGAAAUGGAUCAUCAAGUCCAACUACCAGGGCCUCCCCCUCCCGUGUGUCAAAAGCAUCAUUCGCCAGGUGCUGCAGGGUCUGGAUUACCUGCACAGUAAGUGUAAGAUCAUCCACACGGACAUCAAGCCAGAGAACAUCCUGAUGUGUGUGGACGAUGCCUUCGUGAGGAGGAUGGCAGCCGAGGCGACCGAGUGGCAGAAAGCAGGGGCGCCCCCUCCCUCCGGCUCUGCAGUGAGCACAGCGCCGCAGCUAAAGCCAGUGGGAAAGAUCUCCAAGAACAAGAAGAAGAAGCUGAAGAAGAAGCAGAAGCGUCAGGCGGCGCUGCUGGAGAGGAGGAUGCAGGAGAUCGAGGAGCUGGAGCGGCAGGCGGAGCUCACCAGAGCCCAGGAGCUGCUGCUGCAGAGCGGGAGCCCCGCCCACACAGAGCAGGGGGAGGGCAGCCCUGCCACACAGCACCCCCCAGCCAGGGCACUGCACUCAGCCCAGAGAGGAGAGGAGGAGGAGGAGGAGGAGGAGGAGGGAGGGUGUGAGAACCACAGCGACAGAGCAGAGGAGCGGUGUGGGGAGAAGCAGGACCAGGAGAAGGAGAAGGAGGAGGAGGAGGAGGAGGAGGAGGAAGAGGAGGAGGAGGAAGAGGAGGUUUGGGAAGGAGAGGUGGAGGGAGGUGGAGAUGCCCCCUCAGCAGGGGAGAGGGAACAGCAAAAAGAGGCCUUGUCCGAGCAAACCGCAGCCUGGAUUAACAGCCCUGCCGCCCUCAUCCUUACCCCAGCCCUCGCCCCCACCCUCACCCCUACCCUCACCCCUACCCAUACCCUCACACCAACCCUCACCCCUACCCCUACUCUCACCCCCACCCCUACCCCAACUCUCACCCCCACCCUCACCCUCACGCCAACCCAUACCCUCACACCAACCCUCACCCCUACCUCUACCCCUGCCCUCACACCAACCCUCACCCCUACCCCUGCUCUCACCCCUACCCAUAUCCUCGCACCCACCCUCACCACAACCCUCACCCCUUCUCUCACACCAACCCUGCUCCCUGGCGCUGCCAUUGACACCCCCAAGACUAAUGGGCACGUGCUCCUGGGGAACGGGCCCUUCUCCCUGGCAGGAGAGCAGGAAGAGGAGGAAGGAGAGGAGGAGGAGGAGGAGGAGGAGGAUGAUGAAGAUGAAGAUGAGGAUGAUGAUGAGGAAGAGGAGCCAGAGCAGCAGAGGGGGUGCUGCCCCAGCGCCGAGGCGGUGCCCAGCAGCUCGGACGGCCUCUGCUCCUACAGCAGCUCUCACGAACACUUCAAUGGAGAGGCGCUCCGGCCGCCCAACGGCCGACACCGCGGCUCCUCCCCACGCUCCCCCGACUUCGAGGCGGUGCCGCCUUGUGGAGCAGACCCCUCCAACGGCACCGAGCACGAGGGCAGCAGCCUGUCCUGGGACCGCAGCAGAACUGUGUCAGCUUCCAGCACCGGGGACCAGCCCAAGGCCAAGACCCGCGCUGCCGACCUGCUGGUGAACCCCCUGGACCCCCGCAACGCAGACACGCUCCGCGUGAAGAUCGCCGACCUCGGCAAUGCCUGCUGGGUGCACAAGCACUUCACUGAGGACAUCCAGACCCGGCAGUACCGCUCUAUCGAGGUUCUGAUUGGAGCCGGCUACAGCACGCCCGCGGACAUCUGGAGCACCGCCUGCAUGGCAUUUGAGCUGGCGACAGGAGAUUACCUGUUUGAGCCUCACUCUGGAGAAGACUACUCCAGGGACGAAGACCACAUAGCACACAUCAUUGAGCUGCUAGGCAGUAUCCCACGGCACUUUGCUCUGUCCGGAAAAUAUUCCCGGGAGUUCUUCAACCGCAGAGAUCACAUUGCAUUGAUCAUUGAACUGCUGGGAAAACUCCCCCGAAAGUUUGCUAUAUCUGGGAAAUAUGCCAAGGAGUUUUUCACCAAGAAAGGGGAGCUGCGGCACAUCACCAAGCUGAAGCCGUGGAGCCUGUUCGACGUGCUGCUGGAGAAGUACGGCUGGCCGGCCGAGCAGGCGGCCCACUUCACCGACUUCCUGCAGCCCAUGCUGGAGCUGGUGCCGGAGAAGAGGGCGUCGGCAGGGGAGUGCCUCACCCACCCCUGGCUCAGCUCCUAGCAGCAGCCCCCCUGAGGCAGGGGCCCGACCCUGCUUCUGAGAGACACGCCCUGCCCCCCCAAACCACACACACACACGCAUCCUGAGCGGAGCCGGACAGCCAUCCUCACUUUCCAGUCUAACUCUCGUUCCUGUGCACGGCGUGCUGGAGGGGAAGGGAGUUGUGAGGGGGGCGGCACUCCCACCCCUCUCUGACAUUUUAAACAGGCUCACUUGGUUUUCUCUCUGUCUCUGUGUGUCUUGUGUUGUGUGCGUGCGCUAAAAAAAAAAAAAAAAAAGAA